AUGGCUAAAGACACCGGAACUGUCUAUUUCAACAAAGAUAGUGCGGAGUAUGGCUUCAUGAGCAACAUGCAUAUCGCGCCAUUCACCGUUGACGACGUCGAGUACAAGUCUACCGAACACUACUUCCAGGCUGCGAAGGCGCGUCACUUCAAGGACCAUGAUAUUCUGCGCGAGAUUCUCGAUUGCGACAGCCCAGUCAAGGUCAAGUCCUUUGGAAGAAAAGUGACUCCUUUUGACCUCAACGAGUGGGAUGAGCUCAAGGAAGUGGUGAUGAAGGAAGGCAAUAUGCAUAAAUAUGCCAAAAACCCUACCCUUCAAGAGAAGCUUCUUGCGACUGGCGACCGCCAUCUAGCUGAGUGUAACCCCAGAGAUCGUUUUUGGGGAAUUGGUGUUGGCAAGGCCAAGGCAGAGGCUGUUGGCAAGUACCCAGGCAAAAAUGUUAUGGGGCUUAUUUUGGAGGAUGUCCGAAAACACUUCCGGGAGGAAACUAAGCAAAAAUAG